AUGUGGCUUCUGGAGAAUGAGGAGGCUUUUGAAGGCACGCGCUGCCCCGACCUCCCAUCCGUCCCCGCUCCGCUAACGUCCGGCCAGCUUGCCAUCUCCCACAACACCAUCUCGCGCAAGCACCUGACCAUCACCGUUGACGACGUUCCCGAGGGCCACGCCCACCACCUCACCAGCCGCUCCAAGCUCACGAUCGAGGACCUGAAGACAAAGAUAGGAACUACAGUCGACGGCCAAAAGAUCAAGGGGGCCAAAUAUGUCGUCGAGGGCAAGCAGGCCGAGUUCGUCAUGGGCAAAUGCCCCCAGCUGUUUCGGAUAACUUGGUUCCCUGUCGUUUUUACAUUCUCCUUUACGAACAAGGAACUGCAAACGCAGCCUCUCACGUCACUGCGUGACCAGUUCGAACCCCUCGAUAUCAAACUCCUGACCGAGUACAACGCGGAUCAUACCACGCACGUCGUGGCAAAGAAGCGCAACACAGCCAAGGGCCUUCAGGCCCUCAUAAACGGGAAGCACAUUGUCACGGAAUCAUUUCUCGAUGCUGUCGUGCAGGCUGCGGAGUCGCCGCAAGAGGGCGAUGCCUUGGAGCCGAGCGCCUUGGAACAGGACUUCUCCCAGUACUGGCCUGAUGCGAUGCAACACCUGCCACCCCGCGGCGGCGAGCCAGUCCAACACCCUGACACCAUAUAUGCGCCGGAUCUAGGCCGGAAAGAUGUCUUUGAAGGGUACACCUUCAUCUUCUACGACAAGACACAAUACAACAACCUCCUUGCGCCCAUCACAAACGGCGGCGGCAAGGCCAUGCUCCACACCAUCAAUCCCGGCGAGGAGCUGCCGGAUGACUUUGUACGAUAUGUAAAGAGCGUGGCCGGUGAGAAAGGCUUGGGCAGCUUCGAAGACGGUAGCGAGGGGAAGGGGGUCGUUCUCGUCCGUUACCUGCCGGGCAAAGGCGACCUGGUUGACUGGUACACACAAUUCAUCACCGACGUAUCGCUACGCCUCGACCAUCGGCCAAUUGAACAGAACGAAUUUUUGGAGGCCAUAUUGGCCAAGGACGCUAGUCAGCUGCGGCGGCCGCUCGAAGUGGAAUCGUCAAUGCCCAGCCAAAGGGACAGGCCUCCGCAGCGCGAGGCUCCUGCAGCUCCUGAUCGUCCCUCGAGCUCGUCCGCACACACUGGUUCGAACCAUGGCCAGUCACAGCCUACGGACGACCAGGUUGACCAACCACCCCCUCGACGGGGGAGGGCAAGGGGGCCAAUCAAACGACGCUUUGCGGGCUUCGACGAUGAUGCAGAUAUGGAUGUGGAUGAGCCGUCAUCGGUCAGGUCCGCCGCAGAGCAGCCACACACAGGGAAUGACGAGGGUGGCCUAUUUGUCUCGCAGGAAGCAUACGCCUCGCAAUCGCAACAAGACUCAGUCGCCAAUGCAUCGCCACGGAAAAGAAGAGGGUCGCCGCUACCCGAAGACGACCUUAUGGACGGGAUGGCUCCGGCCGUGGCGAGAUUCAAGCGCCAGCGCCUCGAGCACACCAAUGCUUUCGCGUCUGCUUCCCCCGAGCCUGCUGCUGCAGCUGAUGUCGCCGCGGCGUCAUCUCGCGCCAAAAAGGCCAAGGACCCCAAGGAGCUCGACGUCCUCGCCCAUGCGGCUCGCCACCGUGAGGAGGAAGAGGCACGCGCUCGCCGCGAAAAGGAGGACCUUGCCAACCUGCCGGACGAUGCUGACCUCGCAGAGAUUCGCCGCCUUCAAAUCGUCGAGGAGAUGCCCGUGCGCCAGAGCAGCGCAUCCGCCGUCGCGAACCGCGACCAGGACGUUGCCAGCGGGCGGUGGAAUCCCAAGUGGAACGGCAUGAAGAACUUUAAAAAGUUCCGCCGCAGGGGCGAGGAGCAAGGCCGACAGCCCGCGAGGGUCAUCAUACCGCUCUCGCAGGUCAAGAACAAGGAGUUUGGCGUGGGCGACAACUACUGGCUUGAAGACGAGGGUAGUAGCCAGCGGAAGAAGACGACGCAGCCGUCCGCAACGACUGCGAGCCACCCGUCCGCCAGCGCCGGCACGCCAUCGAUGCCACCGCCGUCUACCAGGACGUCCCAGCGCAAGAAGAACUCGGGCUUCGUCAUAUCAGACAGCAGCGAUGCGGAAGAGGACGAGGAGACGGGGGCGGCGAACCACGGCACAGCUCCCGGCGGGACGGGCAGCACCCGCAUCAGCGCCACGCAGUCGCAGCGCAACACGAGGAGCCAGGGCACGACCCAGAGCCAGGGCAAGCGGCCGGCGCGAGAACCCCCAGCGGCGGCGGAGCAGCCGGCGAAGAGGCCCAGAGCAGCGGCCCCGCCACGGAAGGCCGUCGAGGUGCCCGAUAGCGACGACAGCGAUGACGAGCUUCAGUUCCGUUUUGGCAGGCGGAGAUAG